AGUGGAAAAAGCAGGAAAGCUUCUUUAUCUAACUGAAAUGGAGGACUCAGCAGAAGUUACAAAAGAAAUGAAAAAUUAUGAGAAAUCAGGGUAUUUAUCAUGGGGACCCUUUGAAUCUACUCCCACAGUAAACAAAAGCAACAAUACUUCAAUCACCAUGGUCCCAUUGAGCACCACAGAAAAGAUCUUUGAGACAGAUCCCACAGGAGAGCUUCAAAUUUCUGAUGAAAAAGAAAAUGAAAAAAGCAGCUUGACCAUAACUUUAGCACCUCCUUCAACUCCAGAAUCCCAUGCCACAAAAAGAAGAUCAAGUUAUCCUGGAAAACCCUGGAAAGCUGCCCUGAGAAGCAGCAACAUCAGAGUCAAGAGACAGCAUUGGUCCAAGACCAGAAAUGAAGAGCUUGGGCAAUUUGCUCAAGACACUGCAAACUUCAGAAGAGAAUUUGCCAAGCACAGAUUCUCUCCAAACUUGGUCAGGAAUAUGUCUCCAAUUUUCAUGAGGAGGCUUCCCAAGUCCUUAUCUGCUGAUCUGGGAGUAGAGCAGAACUAUCCAAGGAGAAGACAGUCUUUGUCACCAUCUGAACUAACCUUGUCAGCCUUUCACAGAGCA